AUGUCCGUCCGAUCCACCGUUAUGGCUGCGGCCGCUUUCUUCGCCAUCACCAACGCCCAUAUCAUCAUGGAGCAACCUGUUCCGUACAGCGUUGACAAGAUCGACAAUGGCCCUAUCAACAAAUCCCAAUUCCCCUGCAAGAGCAACCUUGGCUUCACAGUCUCCGAGAUGAACAAGAUGGCCGUAGGAGAGCAGCAAACAAUCAAGUUCAAGGGCACAGCUGUCCAUGGCGGCGGUUCCUGCCAACUCAGCGUUACCAUGGACACCGAACCUACCGAGAACUCCAAGUUCAAGGUUAUCAAGUCAAUUGAAGGUGGAUGCCCUGGUGUCGAUGGCCAAGUUAGCGAGUACAGCUACGAGCUUCCUGCCAGCAUCCCCAACGGCAAGGCUACCUUUGCAUGGACUUGGUUCUCGAAGAUGUCGGGAGCCCCAGAACUUUACAUGAACUGUGCGCCUAUCGAAGUUACUGGUGGCGCUAGCGAUGACUCUGCUUUCAACGAGCUUCCUGAUAUGUUUGUCGCGAACAUCAAUGAGGGUUGCACCUCUCCUCAAAACUUUGCUACCAAGUUUCCCAACCCGGGUUCAAACGUCGAGAAGGGUGCUACCAACGACUUGGAAGACCCUACUGGUAGCUGUGGAGCUACUGGUUCCACUCCUGCUGAGCCAUCUUCCCCUGCUGGUGGCGAGUCUUCAGCUGCUCCCUCAUCUCCUGCUGGUGGAGAGCCAUCUGCUGCUCCUACUUCUGCGAACGAUGGUCAGUACCAUCCUGCCCCUACCGCCCCCGCCGCGGGAUCGCCAUCUGCCGUUCCCACAUCUGUUACUGGAGGCGACUCAUCUGCUCUUCCACCUAAUGGCGGUGGUGUCUUCGCUCCCGGAGCUUCCAGCGGUGCAUCCAUCGCUCCCCCAGCCGCACCCACAGUGCCAUCGACGUCCACCACACUCGUUACUGUUACCGCCUCACCCACUGCUCCCUCUCCGGUCGGACCCACCGUUCCUGCUGGAACCGGCUCUCCUGCCGCUCCUUCUAUGCCUUCAACUCCUUCAGCUGGUGGCGCGGGCACUUGCACCGAGAACGGCUCUGUGGUCUGCAACGGCGCCGAUCAAUUUGGUCUCUGCAACAACGGCGAGGUCGUCUGGCAAGCCGUCGCAGCCGGCACAACCUGUGUCAACGGCAGCAUCACAAAGCGUGGUUACAACGGACGCAUCGCUCGUCCUAGUUGGUCCAGCCGCCGCGUUGUCAACUAA